GUUCAGCCCAAUUGAAAACUUGUGUUGAAUUAAAAUUUUGACAAAUUUGAAUCAUGGCAACUUCAUUAUUUGAUGAACCCCCCUCAAUUGCAUCUUUCCAAGAUUACCCAACAACACGACCCUUUAUUAACAGCAACUUACGACGAUCACCUGGAAAACCCGUCAAGGCAUAUCCUGAGAGCAGCAGUAAAGCUGUAUUGUCAGCAUUGAAAGGAUUACAAGACAAGAUUUACAAUUUGGAGUUGGAUCGUUCUAAAGCAGAAAAAAACCUCAAACAUUUGGCUGCUGAAACUAGCCUUUAUAAAGACUUGCUCUCAAAAUCUCAACAGUCUUCUCCUGUAUCUAAACCAGCCGCAAGUUUUACGCCAACUCAGCCUGUUUAUUCACCUACUGUUCCAGCAAGGGAAAGGAACACAAUCGACCCAGGCAGUUUGCAUGCCUCUCCUGUUCUCAAUUCGAGAAACAAAUCAAAUGAAUCACUUCACAACGAUACUAGUGAAGUGAUGAAACUAUUAACAGAGGCUUCUAGUAGCGGAAAACGCCGUGAUAUUUCUACAGUUGAGGUAGAAUCCCAGCUUCGUAAUGCUGAUACUAGAUGUCGUCUGUUGGAGCGACAGCUAGAAAACAUGCGGCGAAUGGUCCAGUGUGCAGAGAAAGAACGAAGUGACGCAUUAGAGCGACAGGUUGCGCUUGAGAGAGAACGUGGCAGAGUAACAGCGGAAAACAGAGAAGCUCAAGCCAAGUUAGAGCAGCUUCAGAAACUUGAACACAGGUUUGAAGAUCUGGCUUCAAGAAAGAACAAAUCAGAGGUAAAAGUGAAAGAGUUAGAAGAAAAGCUAAAACUUGAAGAACAUCAGAGGAAAUUGCUUUGUGAUAAAGCUGCUCAGUUUCAAACAGAGGCUGAAAAGAAUCGAAUUUUAUACCAACACGAGAUCCCUGAAAGAGACACAAACACAAAACCAAAGAAAAAAUCAACAAAAAAGAAGAAAAAGGCAAAUGCGAAUGGAGUUAAAACCAAAAAACCUGCAGUUGUAAAACGGCCUGCUAAAAGUGCAGGACAACCACAUUAUAGACUUAAUUUAGCUGAUGUUCCUUUUAUUGCUGGCACGUCAACGUCGCCUAGUCAUGCUGUGUCAGCGAAUUUCCAGCGACUGCUGCAUGACUUGAAACACCACAGCCCACUUUACUGUAAUGAUAAUGUAGUAUCAGAGAGAAAAAUAUCAACGGGUUCUUCCACUACUGAGGAAGAAGACACUAGGGGGCGACAGAGGGUUCACCAGUCCUCAGUAGAGGAAGAUGAUCUCACUGAUCUUCUUGUGGCUCUACAGGAUGAAUUUGGGAAGAUGACUUUUGAGCACCAAGUUUUAGCGAAACAGAUAACCAGCACACAAGAUCGGCAAACAAAGAGAGAAUUUGAACUUGAGAUGGAAAAUCUUGUCUCUAGAAUGGAGAGAAAGGGAGAACAAAUAUCCACCGUUCGGCGCCACAGAGCACAACUGUCUGAAAACAGGAGAAAUAAUUCAGGCAAAGGGAAGCAUCCAACUCAUGGGGUCCGGUCCACUUCUGACCCUCGUGGGUUUCGCCGGCCCCGAUCUGCUAACCCCACAUCUGUGGGGAACUCCCCUAUGGCCCCACGAGUCCCCCCAGGUGAAAUGAGGAAAAAGAGACUUGCUUUCCUUAAAGAGAUGAAAACUGUGAGAUCAAAUCUGAGGAAAGAUGAUUUAAGUUGGGAUUAGUGGGCACUUGAGUGAGUGCACACAAAAACUACUGUGUUGUUUGAAAGAAUGAGUUCUACAGAAGAUAUAUAUCGACAUUUCGUGUCAAGAUUUUCAUUUUUAUGUUGUGUGAACACUAGUAUUGUAUAAGCGGUUAUUUCAUCAUUCGUAGGAACCAUUGCAGUAUGUUUCUUUAGCAAACUAAAAAUUCGUCCACGUUUACGAAUAAUUCACUCAUUGUAAUCAAAAUACACAUUUUUCUAAUAGUUUUAACACAUUCACAAAUUUAAAAAACAAAGUAGUAGUUCUGUUUAGUCUGUUUGUAUUUAAAAAAUUUUUAAUAUUAACUAGAAUUGUUAUUUGCACUUUGGUGUGUUAGAAGAUUGUUUGUACUCCUGCAUAUUACACGUAUUUACAAGAAUAAAUAUGUAUCACAGAGAA